UCACCACGGUUCAUUCCAAACAAUUCGAAAUCUCUCUGGCCUGACAGACCUUCGUUUUCCCAGUUUCUCAAGGUAACGAAUCCUCAUUCUCUUCGAUCUUCUCAAGUUUCCGUUCUGGUUUCCUCUUUUUGAUUUCUUGAUUGAAUAUCUGUUUUGGGAACUAGUCUUCGUUGUUCUGCAUUUUCGAUUGCCAAUCGGGAUUUCUUGGCUAUGAGAAUUGAGGGUUCCUUCGUUCUUGUUGAUUCGAUUGCCAUGUUUGAAUCGUUAAUCUCUCCCGAUGUUAGGUCGGUUGUAGCUAGGGUUUAGCGGGUGUGGUUGAAAUUUCGUUCGGGAUUGCUAAAUUAGGGUUUCCUCGUUGGUUGCGAUUUAACAGAUGCAGAUCUUUGUCAAGACCUUGACCGGAAAGACCAUUACUCUGGAGGUCGAGAGCAGCGACACCAUUGACAAUGUCAAGGCUAAGAUCCAGGACAAGGAAGGGAUCCCUCCGGAUCAGCAGAGGCUGAUCUUUGCUGGAAAACAGCUCGAGGAUGGGAGGACUUUGGCUGACUACAAUAUUCAGAAGGAGUCGACCCUUCAUCUGGUUCUGCGUCUCAGGGGAGGUAUGCAGAUUUUUGUGAAGACCCUGACUGGAAAGACUAUUACUUUGGAGGUCGAGAGCAGCGACACCAUUGACAACGUCAAGGCUAAGAUCCAGGACAAGGAAGGGAUUCCUCCCGAUCAGCAGAGGUUGAUCUUUGCAGGGAAGCAGCUGGAAGAUGGAAGGACACUUGCUGAUUACAACAUCCAGAAGGAGUCCACUCUCCAUCUGGUCCUUCGUCUGAGGGGAGGAAUGCAGAUCUUUGUGAAGACUUUGACUGGAAAGACCAUUACCCUGGAGGUGGAGAGCAGCGACACCAUCGACAAUGUCAAGGCUAAGAUCCAGGACAAGGAAGGGAUUCCCCCAGAUCAGCAGAGGCUGAUUUUCGCAGGGAAGCAGCUUGAAGAUGGCAGGACUCUAGCUGAUUACAACAUUCAGAAGGAGUCUACCCUUCACCUUGUCCUGCGAUUGAGGGGAGGCAUGCAGAUCUUCGUCAAGACCCUGACUGGGAAGACAAUUACCCUGGAGGUAGAGAGCAGUGAUACCAUUGAUAAUGUGAAGGCCAAGAUUCAGGAUAAGGAAGGUAUCCCUCCGGACCAGCAGAGGCUGAUCUUUGCAGGGAAACAAUUGGAAGAUGGAAGGACUCUGGCGGAUUACAAUAUCCAGAAGGAAUCUACUCUCCACCUUGUCCUGCGUCUCCGUGGUGGCUUUUGAGGGCGGUUCGCUAUAUCUGGUGCUGGUUUAUGAUUUCUUGACUGUUCAAGUUUCUGGUUUCUAUGGAUUGGUCGUUUCAUGUUCUCUUUUUAUCCUCAAGUACUAUGUUUGGUCAUGGUAAUGGCCUUUGAACAAUGAUGUCUGCUGGGUUUUGUUUCUUUGUUGAAUAAUUGAUGGUCGGAACUGUUACCAUUUGUGUCUGAUGGAUUCCUACUUCCUUUAUUGUGAUGUUUGCGAUUGUUGGUAUCGUUAUGAGCACAGAGCAGACUGUUUUUGCUGUCGACACCUUAUCUGUGCUGUUGCCAUUUCACUGCAUUAUGAUGGAAGUGGGCCAAGUCUUCUCUGUGUAUUGGUGCCCCCUAAUUUCUUACUUGUAAUCGUAUGUCAACCCAGUUUGAAGAUGGUUAACAACUUGAAAUUUUCUAGUACUCCUGUUGACACCUAAAAUUAAUUUGGCCGAAAUUAAAUGCCGCAUUAAUUA